GAAGCUCUUAUCCUUUCUCUACCUGGAUUAACACGCAUUAUUUUUGAAACAUUUUUCUGAAAUACUUUUUUUCCCCUCGGAGAUUUUUUUAUUCUGUGUCAAAAUGUUGUGGAAAUUAGCCGACAACGUGAAAUAUGAAGACGACUGUGAGGAAAGGCACGACGGCAACAGCAAUGGGAACCCCCGGCUGCCUCACCUGCCUGCGGUCAGCCAGCACCUUUACAGCCCGUCUCCAUCCCUCUCUCACUCGACUAGUUCGGACUUCCAGCCCCCUUACUUCCCCCCACCUUACCAGCCCAUCUCCUACCCUCAGUCCAGCGACCCCUACUCCCACCUCGGCGACCCUUUCAACAUCAACUCCAUACACCAGUCUCAGUCGUCAAACCAGCAGCAGCCGUGGCCCGGAAGGCAGGGUCAGGAUGGGCUCGGAGCUCACGCGAGGAGCGGACUGGCGAGUCAGAUCCUGGGCCUGGAGGGAGGCUCGUCCGGGGUGAGGAGGGAAGGGUUCCGCCGGCCGGAGCUGCUGCCUCCGCACGCGCACAGCAUCGAAUCGUCGGUUAUUGGUGAUAAUAUGGGGAUGCACGACAUGGGGCACGGACUGGAGGAUGUCCAACACGUAGAUGACCACAGUAUUAUUAUGGCAGAUCAGACAGUCAUCAAAAAAGUAUUAGGACUGCGAGGUGGCAGGAACCUUGAUCGCUUACAGAGGACUUAUUAUCAGGGGGGCAUUCUUGCGGGGCCUGUCACUCUACCUAAAGGCAACGCACUGGGCCUUCCUUUCCAGAAAGAGUCCCUGCUGGGUAUGGUGUCAAACCCCACAGAGGUGUUCUGCUCUGUACCCGGCCGGCUGUCCCUGCUGAGCUCCACAUCCAAGUAUAAAGUCACAGUGGCUGAAGUCCAGAGACGUCUGUCACCUCCUGAGUGCCUGAACGCAUCACUUCUGGGAGGAGUUUUACGCAGAGCCAAGUCAAAAAAUGGAGGUCGUUCUCUGAGAGAAAAGCUGGAUAAGAUCGGGCUCAACCUGCCUGCCGGAAGGAGGAAGGCAGCCAACGUCACUCUACUUACCUCACUAGUAGAAGGUGAAGCUGUUCACCUAGCGAGGGACUUUGGUUACGUGUGUGAGACAGAAUUCCCUGCUAAGGCAAUUGCUGAAUACCUGGGCAGGCCGCACGUGGAACGCAACGAGGUUAACUCUCGCAAGAACAUGCUCCUCGCUGCCAAGCAAAUCUGCAAAGAGUUCACUGACCUGCUCACUCAAGACCGCUCCCCCCUUGGAAAUUCUCGGCCAGCCCCCAUCAUGGAGCCCGGGAUUCAAGGCUGCCUCACCCAUUUCAGCCUCAUCACCCAUGGCUUUGGCUCUCCAGCCAUCUGUGCCGCCAUGACCUCUCUGCAGAACUACCUGAAUGAGGCGCUCAAACAGCUGGACAAGAUGUACCUCAGCUCUGGCAGCGACACCCAGGGGUCCUCAGACAGUGGGAGCAAAUCUACCGACAAAAUGGACAAACACAGGAAAUGAGAGCUUCGAACAGACAAUCCUUAUGAACUUGAGAACCCCGAGUCCCUCCAUCUUGCCGCCCUGUCUGCCCUUUUUUGGACUUUUUUCAAGUUGAUGUCAUUUUUGAGAGCUGAAUUGUGAGCGUGUGUAUGUGUUUGACUCGCACUGUUCAAUUCAUGUCCUACUAUUUGAGACUUUAAGAACAUGCCACAGUUUGCUGCAACUCCAGUGGAUGGUGAAGGUCGGAGUGCUGGUUUUGAUAGGAGCCUGCCAUUUUUAGGUUGAUACUAAAACCUCAUGCAGUUCCACACAGUUGCCAAUGUGCUGAAGCUACAACCAUGGGACCUGCUUUUUGUUGACAGGAGGAGCAAAAAGAACAAAGUGCAUACUGUUUUUUUCUCCCCAGAGGACAUCAUUUCAAGAUGAGUUGCUGUGGCUGUGAAUUCCUCUCAGCUUCCUCCCCCCUCCUGCUCUGUCUGGAGGCAAAUCCACUGAUUUCCUGUGUCUCAAUGGACUUGCAAAGGACAAUUUUUAUAUGAGAAAGAGAGAGAAGAAAAUCCACUUCUUCAUUUUUUUUCAUUGUUUUGUGCUCGAUUUGUACAACCACUUCAAAAUGGCUCCAGUGUUAUUGUGCUUUGUUCACGAGAGAUGAUUUGAAUCUUAUGUAGGCCUGAAUGAGAAAAGACCAUUUUUGGUUUGUCGGUCUGUGUUCAGUCAGAAACCAGAGACUCUAAAGCCUCUUCAGUGUUCAUGUGGAUAACAGGCAUAGCAGUGCUUCCAUUGUUACUCUUUAAAGCAGCAGAAACUUGUUACUUUUGUGACCAUGUUAGGUAUUCCUCAUUCUUAGUAUUUAAACCCAAAGUUACCAUCAACCUACCACCCAGUACAGCCCUGCCUGAGUGUGUGUAUGUUGUGAGAGUGUGUGUAAAUGUACAUAUUUCUUUCUUUAAAAAUGUUUUUAAUUAGACAUUAAAUUCCAAACAUAGAAUUUUAUCCAGUGUCUCAUCCUGGAUGUAAAUAUUUUCUAAUUUAUGUUGUAAUUUAAUGGGCUUGUGUAAAUAAUGGUUUCCCUCUGGUGUAUGGUUUCACUUUUUAUGAUUGUGUGUUCGACUUUUAUAAAUGGGUUAGUUUUUUAUCGAGUAGAGGUUAGGAAGUGGGCAUGAUAUACUUUUUUCUUUUGAAAAUAUGUAAAAUAAAACAGUUUUAA